AUGGCAGCUGUCACACCUCCUCUGACUCCCGGCCGAUUGGCAGGCUCGUGGGCCAAGGAGCGCACGGAGCAUGUCGAGAACAUAAACUGCAAGCCUGCCGCACUCUGCAUUUUCAACGAUCUCAAGCAGGAGAUCGAGAAGUUGGAGCAGAUGUUUACUGUGCCGGGCGAGAAGCUCAAGGCCAUCACGGCACACUUUGUGACGGAGCUGGACAAGGGCCUCAGCGUUGCGGGCGGAAGCAUUCCGAUGAAUCCGACGUGGGUGAUGUCGCUGCCUGACGGCUACGAAACGGGGACGUUUCUGGCACUGGACAUGGGCGGCACGAACCUGCGGGUCUGCGAGAUCACGCUCACGGACCAGAAGUCAGAGUUUGACAUAAUUCAGUCCAAGUACCGCAUGCCGGAGGAGCUGAAGUCGGGUGAUGCUGAGGAGCUCUGGGAGUACAUCGCCGACUGCGUGCACCAGUUUGUGGAGACACACCACAGCGACGUGGCCAAGCUCGAGAAGCUGCCCCUCGGGUUCACGUUUUCGUACCCGGCGACGCAGCACUACAUUGACGAGGGUGUGCUGCAGCGGUGGACCAAGGGGUUUGACAUUGCUGGCGUCGAAGGCCGCAAUGUUGUCCCCAUGUUCGAGGCGGCUCUAGCGGCUCGUGGAACACCGAUCAAGAUGGCUGCCCUGAUUAACGACACGACCGGCACGCUGAUUGCGUCGGCUUACACGGAUACGAAGAUGAAGAUCGGCUGCAUCUUUGGCACGGGCUGCAACGCCGCGUACAUGGAGAAUUGCGGGUCAAUUCCUAAGCUGGCCGAUAUGAACCUGCCGCCUGACCUGCCGAUGGCGAUCAACUGCGAGUGGGGCGCUUUCGACAACGAGCACAAGGUGCUGCCUCGGACACCGUAUGACGUCAUUAUUGACAACGAGUCGCCGCGUCCCGGACAGCAGGCUUUCGAGAAGAUGAUUGCCGGCCUGUACCUGGGCGAGAUCUUCCGCCGGACCUUGGUGGAUCUGCACGACAACCACGAAACGCACAUUUUUGCAGGCCAGGACGUUUCCAAGCUGCGCCGUGCCUACACGCUAGACUCGUCUUUCCUGUCGGCCAUUGAGGAUGAUCCGUGGGAGAACCUGCAGGAGACAUUUGAUCUGUUCCGGGACAAGCUCGGCCUCAGCCCCAACCUACCGGAGCUGGAGCUGGCACGCCGGCUAGCAGAGCUGAUCGGCACGCGGGCAGCACGGCUCUCGGCAUGCGGUGUGGCUGCCAUUGCGACGAAGAAGGGAUACAAGACAUGCCACGUCGGCGCCGACGGCUCUGUGUUUAACAAGUACCCACACUUUAAGGCGCGGGGUGCCCAGGCUCUUCGGGAGAUUCUUGACUGGCCGGAGAAGACGGACCCGACGGAGGAGGACCCGAUUGAAAUUCUGGCGGCCGAGGACGGAAGUGGUGUGGGGGCGGCACUGAUUGCGGCUCUGACGCUGAAGCGGGUGCAGGAGGGCAACCUGUCGGGGAUUUUGCACCCGGAGAACUUCAAGUGA